CUUUGCUCUGCUCCUGGAACGGAUCGAGAGCUCCCCGCCGGCGACCAUGGCGGAGCCCGCAGGAGCAGGAGCAGGAGCAGAAGCGACGCCUCUCCUCCCAGGCCUCCCGGACGACAUCUCCGUCUGGGAGAUCCUCGUCCGCCUGCCGCCCAAAUGCGUCCUCCGCUGCCGCGCCGUCUGCCCCGCGUGGCGCCGCGCCACCUCCGCCCGCGGCUUCCUCCUCGCCCACCACGCCCGCCAGCCCGCCAUCCCCCUCCUCUACGGCUACAACUACGCGUCCCUGGACCUCCUCCCCUUGGACUACCGGGCAGGGGUCGUCGCCGUCGACCAGCUCCGGUCCGUCGCUCGACUUGCACACGACUCCUACAGCCUUGAUGACUGCUUCAUGCUCGAGGCAUGCUGCGACGGCCUCCUCGCCCUUACUGCCCACUACCCGCCCAAGCUCUCCAUCUGCAACCCGGCAACUCGUCAGUACGCUCCCCUUCCGCAGCUUGAUGGCUUCAAGAUCCUGGGGAUGUACCCUCACCUCCCUACCGGCGAGUACCGACUACUGCUAUACCCGAUCCCCGUUGAAGCUCAAGGUGGCUUCUACAUCUCCACAUUGGGCUCAGGCCAGCCGCCGAGGCACAUAGGGUUUCCUGAGGCCAAGGAACUGAGGCGCUCCUCCGUGUCUGUCCUGUUCCGUGGUAGCCUGCAUUGGUGCAUACGCAAUCUGAUGAUGGCAUUUGACACCACCGCUGAGUCGUUCCGGCAGGACUACGAAGCCGAGGUUUGGGCCUUCAAAUACCGGGUUGAGUUGCCGGUCGCAGAGAUCAGGGUGCAAUUUGGAAAGUCUGACAAUUAUUGGAAUGUGGUCGCCGUGCCUUGGGAUGGCGAUGUGCUCUUACUCGUCAAAUUUGAUGACUGUCUGCUUCAGGUUGACAUUCAUGGCAAGCUGGUUUCCAGUUUCCGUCGCAGAGACCUUGGUCCUACAAAUCUUCAGAUCAAGCAAACUCUUGUUCAACAUGCCUUCUUUCCGACACUAGAGGGCUAUGUUGUGAACUCUUCGCCUUUGGUCUGACAGAGUCAGUUGUGGUUCUGAACGACCCAACUGUCAGUAUCCUCAUGCGCUGCAAUAUGUAUGCCUUUGGGUUCACUAUGAGCCGGUUAGUUUCAUUUUGAUGUAUGCAAACUAUGAUCAAGAAGUUCCGACCUUUUCAUGGUUUCACUAUGAGCUGGUUAGUUUCAUUUUGAUGUAUGCAAACUAUGAUCAAGAAGUUCCGACCCUUUCAUGGUUUCAAGAAAUCUGUACUUGUGUGAAUA